GUUGACUACUGCGGCUAAAGUUGGAGCUACCGAUAGCUUAGCAGCAUCUUCUGGUGAAAGUGAAACCGACAGAGAGAAAUACCAAGUCUGCGGCUUGUUCGCUCGUCGCUAGCGUAAACAUUUGGGAGGUCGUAAAGUGAAAGUAUUGUUCUGUGUGAAAGUUACGUGUUAGUUGCUGUAUUUGUUGCGACAUGCUAAUCCAGCUAGCUGGUUAGCUAGCCAGGAAGAGUUGAGACAUUACUGUUGGCUUCAGCCAACAUAGACAGCAAAGGAGCAAGCUGAGAGAGAGCUCCAGAUGCGGCUAAAGGACCCCUUUUCUUUGAAAGCCGCCGACAUGACAAAGCGGACUAAUAAACCACGGAAACCUCGAGAUGAGGAGUCAUCGGAUGAAGUCAGCGGGCUGACAUGCCAACAUGUUAACAAAGCAGUGGACCUGAGCUCGGUGAAGAAGUCGGUCCUGUCGAGCGUGUGGUUGAUCUGCUCCGAGUGUCUGAGGGAGAGGACGAUGAUCGACGGCGAGCCGGCAGCGUCCCACGACAUCCUGGUCUGCCUCAAGUGUGGCUUUCAGGGCUGUAACCAAUCAGGAAUCCAGCAUGCCGUCAAGCAUCACCAGACUUUUCAUCCAGAGUCUCACUGUAUCACGAUCAGCCUGAACACGUGGAAGGCCUGGUGCUUUGAAUGUAACGAAGAGCUUUCUACACACUGCAACAAGAAGGCUUUGGCUCAGACUCUCGACUUUUUGCAGAAGCAUUCUGUCAAGGCGACAUCAGCAGCAUCACCUAAGAUCAUCAAGCUGCGAGAGGAAACAUCAGAUUACGCUGAAGCACAAAGAGGAAAGAAUCCAGCCAUCAACAGCACCUUGGUCCCUGUUAAGGGGAUAAUUAACCUUGGGAACACCUGCUUCUUCAAUGCUGUUAUGCAGAACCUGUCGCAGACGCACAUGCUCAUCGACCUCAUUCAGGAAGUGAAGGAGAAAGGAUACAAGCUGAAGAUCUGUCCGCCUGUCGAGACAAAUCUGAGUCAGCUGACUGUGGUUCUGUCCAGCCCUGACCCGCUGACUGCAGCCAUGAUUCACUUCCUGCAGAGCAUGAAGGAAUCGGGGAAAGGCCCCGUCAACCCGAAGGUCCUCUUCAAUCAGCUCUGCCAGAAAGCUCCACGCUUCAAGGGCUACCAACAACAAGACAGCCAGGAACUUCUGCACUACUUACUGGACUCCAUAAGAGUAGAAGAAACUAAAAGAGUGAAAGCGGCCAUUUUAAAGGCAUUCAACAAUCCAACAGAGAAGACGGCAGAUGAGGAGACCAAACGCCAAGUCAAAGCAUAUGGAAAAGAAGGUGUGAAGAUGACCUUUGUUGACCGGAUCUUCGUAGGCGAGCUCACCAACACCAUAAUGUGUGAAGAGUGCGAGCAUAUCUCAACAGUAAAGGAAGCCUUCAUAGACAUCUCUCUGCCAAUCAUAGAGGAGAGGAUAUCAAAACCGUCCAACCCGGGUCGCCUGGGGAAGGGCAGCCGGGAGCAGGACAGCCAUACAGCCCACAGUGAGCAGGUUCUUUCAGCAGCGCACUCUGUCAACAAGAACUCCAGGAAGCCCAGCGGACCGAAGCAAUUCAACAGACGACCGUCCAGCUCCGUGGAGGAGAAGGGAGCGGCCUGCUGUGCCGAGCGGGCCGAGGAGGAGGCGAUCGCCGGCGGCUCGGCGCGCGGCGUCUCUGUGUGCAAGAUGGCGGCGGCGGGCAGCCUGUCCGACGGCAGCGAGAGAGAUUCUGGAGCCCAGGACAGCAGCAACGACGCCGACAGCGAGGCGUCCGAGAGCGAGUGGGCACCACGAGGCGGCUCCUCCGGUCACGGCCACGCCUCCACCCCGUCGUCCACCUCCACCCUCACCCCGUCCCCCACGCCUGCCUCCUCCUCCUCCCCCGCAUUGUCGUCAGCUUCCGCUAAGCAGGGCGGCGCCGUGGAGCAGCUGGUCACCGCGGUUUCUAAAGUCAACCUGGGCUUCUCUUCUGCGGGGGACACGCCCGCGUCGGGUCACUGUCCCCCUGAGGAGCAGGGCGACGGCCAGAGCCGAGACCAGCUCCACCACUACCACCACCACCACCAGGGGGCGUUCCAGGCCCUGUCCCACAGUUACACUCCUACCUCCAAAGAAUGCUCCAUCCAGUCCUGCCUGCACCAGUUCACGUCGGUGGAGCUGCUGAUGGGCAACAACAAGCUGCUCUGUGAGAACUGCACCGAGCGCAGGCAGAAGCAGCUGCGCAAGAGCGGCGCUGCAGAUAAGAAGAUGGAGAAGAUUUACACCAGUGCCAGGAAACAGAUGCUAAUAUCCUUGCUGCCUCCUGUCAUCACGCUGCAUCUGAAACGCUUCCACCAGGCAGGGAUGAACCUCAGGAAGGUGAACCGUCAUGUCGACUUUCCUCUCAUCCUGGAUCUGGCUCCCUUCUGCUCUGCGUCCUGCAAGAACCUGGCUGCCGGUGAGCGCGUCCUCUACAGCCUGUACGGGAUCGUGGAACACAGCGGCUCGAUGCGGGGCGGCCACUACACUGCCUACGUCAAAGUGCGAACCCCGCAGAGGAGAACGGAGCAGCGCCACAAGAACCUGUCAGGUGCAAAGGAGGCCGGCGGCAGCUCCCAGGGCCAGUGGGUGUACGUCAGCGACACCACCGUUCAGACUGUACCCGAGUCCAGAGUACUCGGCUCUCAGGCAUACCUGCUCUUCUACGAGGAAAUGCUGUGAUCCUCCGCAUCGCUCUACUUCUUUUGAUCUAUUUUUGGUAUUAAAAAAAAAAAAACUCAAUACAGCUCCUCAUGCAGUUCGAAUACAGGAAGACAAGAAAAAAAAAAAAAAAGGGAAGCAUUAGUCUCGUUAAACGGACAUUUUCAAACACAGAAAGGAUAUGCAAGGAAAAAGAGAAAAAGUAAAUGUCGACAUCAUCUGGAUUUUACCUAGAAUUUCAUUUCAGAACCUGAAUUCAAACCCCCGUCUUCUGAGAGCGAGCUUAGGAGAAAGACUUUGGAGCUGGUUAGUAUUUCUAAUUAAUCUCAGUCUGAGUACCUUGCUGAAGGUAUAAAACGCAUGAUGGAGUUUGCUACCAUAAGGAACUAGCAACUAGCAGAAUCAAUGCAUGCCUAACCGCAGUCUGCACUGACUUGUUGAUGUCGAUACAUUGUGUGUCAGAAUGAAAGAGCGAAAGACAAAUGAAUGUAGCUGAAAGGUGCUAUGUCUAUCAGUUUGGGUGGUUACAGUAAAUAUAUCAGUAUAUUUCGUCUAUGUUGUCUCCAUGUUUAUGCUAGUCUGAAUUACAUGAUAAUGUUGCCAAGUUGCUCUUCCAAGUUCUGUUCGUCUGCAGCUCCUUUAACGCUUGUAUCCCAUCAUGCACUUGCGAGAGGAGAAUCGCCGACUGUUUUUGUGGCGCUGUGGUCUGGUAUGGGAUUAGCUGCUGCUGCGCUAUAAAUUUCAAGGUCACUGGGUUAUUAUGGCAUUUAUUCAAGAGUUAUUGUAAGAAGAACACAGGGUCCAAUUUUGUUUGUCGUUCAGUAAUGCUGGCAAAAUGGCAAAAAAAAUGUCAUUUUUGUUAAGCUAAUAGUCUUCAGUUUAUGUUUUGAAAAAUUCAAAAUGAAUAAAUCAGCAAUUUUACCUCAUAUUUAUUUUAAAAUAUGAUUUAUGUUGAUUAGAGGUAUGUGUGUGGCUGUUUGUCCCGCCUUGCGAAGAAAAACCUCACAUUGAGUCAUUAUGUGUUUCAUCAGCAGGGAAACAAAUAAGACUGGGAAAAAAAAGAAAUAAAAACGUUAAGUCUGCUUCCUUCUGAAACAACUUCUGUACUGAAGGCUGUUUUUAAUUAGUGCAACCUGGUAACACUCCGGUGUGGGGCUAUUGCGUGUCACCAUCUGAUUACUGAUUGGUCGAGUCUGAAGUCUGACGACUCCUCUCAUUUCUUGAUAUCUUUUUACAUCUAUUUUUUUUCCUUUCUGCUGUACAGCAAAGACAAGACAAUUCAUUAGGAGACAGAAACAUAUCAAGUAAAUGUAACAAGUUCUUGCGUUGGCAAUAUUGAGAACCCGCAAAUAUUGCUAAAAUCUAAUAUUUUCAUUAAUAGCUUUGCCCGUUUACCACUACAAGCAGCUGUCGGCGAAUACUGAUGGAAACUGCUACACAUAGCACCUUUUAAGAGCAGUUACUCUGUAAGCCUAUUUGCUUUUUAUUUUAUUGGAAUGUACAAAUAUCAGACUUUCUGUGAUCGAGUUUGCCAAAGACAGGUUUUGCGAAACAGGCGAGUCGUACUUUAUUUAUGCAUACUAUUGUGAGGUCACCAGUUCAGCAGCAUCGCUCAAGCAAACAUGAACGGCGUUCGUGAAAUCAACAGUACCUCAUCUGCCUUCAUCGGGUGUGGAUCCUGCUGUAAACUAAAAGCACGCAAGGAUAUAAAUGAUGUGUUUUACAGAGCAACAGAUGUAAUCUUCCUCCAUGGCGUCACGGGGAUGAGAGCAAAAUUAAACAUUCUUCAUAUCAAUUUAAAGAAAUCCGUGAAGGCUGGUUUGGGGAAAAAUGAAUGUACUGUCUAAUUUUGGCAUCAGGAUUUUUUUUUUCUUCUCGCUUUGCUCGCCAAUCAUUUGCCACAAAUGUACAAAGAGCGAUCAGACUAUCGGGUCACAACCUCGAGUUUAAAAAACAAAAAGAAAAAAGGAUGAAUUCAGUGCCUCUGCCUUCAUAUUAACAAACUUGUGUGUGAUGAUAAAAUAUUUGCAGAGUUUAAUUUAAACAGGGACGUAUGUGUUUUAUGUACAGUAUAAAGAUUUCUGUCGGCAGAAACAGUACAAAGUAUGUGUAUUUGUAUAAAAGAGAGUUAAAAACUCAUGGUGCUUUGGGUGUGAAAGAUUUACCCCCCUGGAAUUGAAAGUGAGAAAAAUUGAAAUUCUGUAACGCUUCAAUAAACGUUUUGGAAUGAGUAAUAAAACACAUUGUAUCGAAAUAAAUAUGAUUUAUGAACUG